AUGCUGUCCCGCCACAUUGUGCGGGCGUCGCCCUUCCGAGCGGCUGCCCUCCCCGCGGCGCGACGGCUUCCCUUCAUCCAGCAACGAACCUUCCUCCCCGACUCCAUGGUCGGCAAGAGCAAGAUUGAGGAGAAAUACCCCGACUCCGACUACCCCAAGCUUACCGCAGCGGAGGAUCCGGAUAUGAACGGCGGCUACAUCAACCCUCCCCGUGUCAAGCGCCAAUUCAGGGACCCCCAUGCCGACUGGUGGGACAAGCAGGAGCGGAGGAACUUUGGCGAGCCGGUGCACGAAGAUCACGAUAUCCUCGGCAUUUUCUCGACGUGGGAGUACACAUGGGUCAGCACUGGCAAGGGACUCUUCCAAAUCGGCGUCUUCGUUGCCGUCUUCCUCAGCGUCUGCUACGGCGUGAAGUUGACGUAUUCCGACCGGACCAGUUACCCGCGGGAGUUUGAGGGUGGCUUGGAGAGGGAGCUGGGCGGCGCUGGCGCUGCCAGAAUGGAGGGCGAUGAGGACCCCUUGUUGUCUUGCCUUCUCUCCUUGGCCUACUGUUUCUCCUCUCUUGGUGCAACUCUCCAUUCUCAUCGAGCAAUUCUUACCCACGUCACCCCUCUAAAGUGCCCGAUCAGACCAACGCCGUCGGUCGGAAGGAUGCGCUAUGAGGACUGGGAUAUUAUCCUCUUUCCCAACGGCCGCGACUCGAAGAUACCCUUCAAGGAGUUCAAGGUCGCCUGCCAUGCCGUGCCCGACCUAGAGCUAGCCCACAUCCAUGGCGCGGUAGGCAUGCCAGCCAUGACGUGCUUCAUCCCGAGCCUAGCGCCCGGCACCCCGUUCCAAAUCUCAAUCCACUGCUGGCGCAGGCCCGAUCUCAGCCAGUUCACGCGUACCUACAGCAAGCACACGGACCUCGUCAAGUUUGAGGCGCGGAUUUUGGUUGAUGGGCGCCUGGUCGCGUCCACCGUUCUCGACCGCGAAGUCAACGGCCCACAUCUGAUAACCAGCACAUGCGAGUUCACAAAGACGGGCGAGCUAGAGCGGCUGAGGUUCCCCCACUUCCGCCGCGAACUCCUCUUCCAAAACCAUUGGAGGCCGGGCGAUGACAUUGGCCGCAUCAAGGUCGUCAUAAGCGAAGGGUUUCCCCGAGAUUCGUUGUCUGCUCCUAUCGAGCGAGUCAAGAACGUUGUGGCCUUCUCGUUCCAGCAUGCGCCGCUAGAGAUACUCGAAAACAACGCCAUCGCUUGGCCGAAUCAAUCCAUGUGGCAAUGUGCGGCCUUCAAUCCCGCGAUUCCUGUGCCAACAUAUCAUUUGGACGACGGGCCGAGCUCACACGCACACUCGCCUCGCAGAAAGUCGGUCCCGCUAAGACACCUCAAGAAUCAAGGUUUUCCGGCCCCGGCCGUGACCAAUGCCGUCUUUCGCAACCAGGCAGGGGCUGGUUUGCUCGACGACCCGACGCUGCAAAUGCCCUACUUAGACGACGACACGGUAUCGAUCAACGCACCGUUCCCGGACCCGUUCGGCGAUUCCGCGUAUCGCGAGUGGGCUAACUCGUUAGCGAACGGACAACCAGGCGACCCGUGGGAUGGAUUGACAUUCUGGCCCCAGGGAUGCCGGAAACAAAGGCAAGCCGCUUCGGACACGAUCAUGCCCGACUAUGUCUCUGCUCAGAUACCGGAAGCGAUGCAUAUCUCUGGGCCUAGCCUGGAGGACGAGCCUAUGAGCCUAAAGGCGCCAACCAACACACCUACCGGGGGCACCGAUGACGGUCAGGAUGCUCCGCUUCAAACAAUUCAGCAUAUAACUUUGCCCUCGGACUUCGCCUCGUCCCUCACGCGGUCCCUCUUGAACCAACCGUUCCCCCUUCCGGCUCAUCACCACAACCAAUGCAAGGAUAACCAGCAUGCAGUGCUCGACCGAACCAUUACCGUCGAUACGACGCCUACGGUCUCGGUGGCUUCAGGCCCGUCCUGUGCCGAGUUUGGAUCCAUCAUGGCGAGCCUUGGAUGCGACAAUAGUGGCUCGUCCUUGGCCACCCCCAGCAAUUCCGUGCAGACGGAGCCGAGCUCUUCUAACAGCCAGGUUGCCGCCGGUGUUCUCAGCAGCGGUAAGGGAAUGAACAAGGUAAAUAGCGGCAUACCCACAAAACGUUCGAGGAACUUCACGCCUGCUUCGGUAAAGGCGAUCGAUGAGGAGGACGAGCCACGCCGGGCUAGCCCGCAUGUACGGGGCACGGGAUUUGGCGGGAUGGAAUCAUCGGUGAUGGGCUAG